AUGAACAGAAAGAUGAAGGGAUGGCAAACCUUGUCCAUGGACUCGUCAGAGAGCACCCGGUCUUGCCACGCCUGCAGAUUGAUACCGUACCUCGGAGCGAUCCAGGCCCGCAUCAAGAAGCCAGCAACCACGCCGCAGGCCAUGCUCAUGACAGAACGACUCAGCACCCCAGACGUCGCGUCCUCCAGGCGGGCCGACAGCACAAGCGCCAGCAGGAGGAGGCCGAGGAACGGCACCAGCAGGCGGGCGACGUCUGCCGUGAUGUCCCCCGUGCUGUGGCUCAUGUCGAUCACCGGCUGA